AUGUCCACACCACUGCCAGGAUCAUCCGACGUCAUCAUCAAAGAAGGACCAUUCGUCUACCUCAGCGACUGGGAUGGCACAAUCACAACAGCCGACUCGAAUGACUAUCUGAUCGAUAACUACGGAAUGGGCAAGGAAAACAGGGAAAAGUUGAGUGUGGAGAUACUUGCACAUCGUAUCAACUUCCGCGAUGCAUUCUACGAGAUGCUCAGGGGAGUUUCCAAAGUCAAGUCAUUUGGUGAAUGUAUGGAGAUACUCAAGAGAGAUAUUGUCCUCGAUCCCGGAUUUAAAGAUUUCUAUUUCUGGGCCAAGGAGCAAAAGAUACCGGUUGUCAUUGUCUCUAGUGGAAUGGCACCUUUCAUUAGAAGCGUGUUAUCUAAAUUGAUCGGCGAGGAGGAAGCCAAAACGAUCGACAUAAUUUCAAAUGAUGUCAAAUUUAACGAUGAUGAAGGUAAAGAUUGGGAAAUCGUCUUCAGACAUCCAGAAUCUGGUUUCGGUCAUGACAAAUCUAAGGCUAUUCUCCCUUACAGAGACCUCGCUAAUCCUCCAACUCUCUUUUUCUCUGGUGACGGUGUUAGUGAUAUGAGCGCUGCUAAGCACGCAGAUCACCUCUUCGUUCGUGAAGGGAAAGACCUCGAAAAGUACUGCACCGCGCAGAAUAUCCCUUACACUCCAUUCGACAGCUUCAGCAACAUCAAGCACUAUGUAAGCAAUGUUAUGAGCAAGUAG